AACGGGAGUCCCGAGAACACGAGGAGCCGACCACGUCGGAGAUGACAGAGGAGACCUAUCCACCCAAGGCCUACCGGCCCAAGCAUGGGCGCCUCUCUGAGCUGAAGGCCGAGGCCUUGAAGAAGGACCGCAGAAAGAAGCUGACCCUGGCCAAGUUUGUGGGCAUGGCGGAGAACACGGCACACCCCCGCGUCGUCAUCCCCGAGCUCCGGCAAGAGUUUGAGCUGGGCCCCUGCCGCAGGCACAUGGAGGCAUCCCUGCAGGAGCUCAAGAGCAGCCAGCGGAUGGUCCCUCGCGCCGUCCACCUCCCCAACUGCGACCGAAAAGGCUUCUACAAGAGGAAGCAGUGCAAGCCUUCCCGAGGCCGGAAGCGUGGGUUGUGUUGGUGCGUGGACAAAUACGGCAUGAAGCUGCCAGGGACUGACUACCUGAGCGGAGACCUGCAGUGCCACGCAUUUGACAGCAGCAACGUGGAGUGAAGUCGCAUCCCCUCCCUCUGCCCCAUCACUACCUACCCAGGCUCCCUUUCACCCUCCCCUCCGCACCUCCCCGCGCCCCGGGACUCCGAUUCCUUUCAUCUCAUGUAAGAAGAAAAAAAGAAAGGAAAAGAAAAAAUAGAAAGGAAGGAAACAAAAAAAGAGAAAGG